GGUUUCUCUUCUCAGCCACGCCUUCAGCCACGCACACCACGCCCAAUCGGCCGUCCCAGGGUUGGGCUACGCCAAAUCUGCAACCAGCAGGCUGGGCGUGGCGUGACAGCGCGGGCGGGUAGCGUUACGUGGCGGGGCUGCGGUGUGGAUUAGCCUCUCAGCCCUUUUGGAUUAAUUGGUGUGCUGUAGAUUAUGAAGCAAAGGAUCACUCCUCUGCCAAAGAUCCCAACAAGACAACAUGGCUCCCAAGAAGCCUGAGCCUAAGAAGGAGGCAGCCAAGCCAGCUCCAGCCCCUGCACCAGCCCCUGCCCCAGCUCCUGAGGCUCCCAAGGAACCUGCCUUUGACCCCAAGAGUGUAAAGAUAGACUUCACUGCCGACCAGAUUGAAGGUGAGUAUGGACAACCCCACCUCUCCGUCUCUAUUGCACUUUCCUGGAGGAGGAAGAGGAGGAGGAGGAAGAAGAGGAGGAGUAGUUGUCCUCAUGAGUUCAAAGAGGCCUUUUCAUUGUUUGACCGGACCCCGACUGGAGAGAUGAAGAUCACCUACGGCCAGUGCGGGGAUGUACUGCGGGCCCUGGGCCAGAACCCUACCAAUGCCGAGGUGCUGCGUGUGCUGGGCAAGCCCAAGCCUGAAGAGAUGAAUGUCAAGAUGCUGGACUUUGAGACGUUCUUGCCCAUCCUGCAGCACAUUUCCCGCAACAAGGAGCAGGGCACCUAUGAGGACUUCGUGGAGGGCCUGCGUGUCUUUGACAAGGAGAGCAAUGGCACGGUCAUGGGUGCUGAGCUUCGGCACGUCCUUGCCACCCUGGUUCCUCCUUUGCCAUCUGUGAUUAAGAGCGCACCACCUCCCAAAACCACCGCAGGAGAGAAGAUGACUGAGGCUGAAGUGGAGCAGCUGUUAGCUGGGCAAGAGGAUGCCAAUGGCUGCAUCAAUUAUGAAGCCUUUGUCAAGCACAUCAUGUCAGGGUGAAGCAGAGUCUUCCAGGUGCUUGGCCCUUGGCUUUAGCCAUACCAGGGUGAGUUAAAGAGAGGCCCUGGAUGGGUGAGCUGAGAUGGAGUCCUCGACUUAUCACCACACCACUGCCCCAAGGACCUUACAGGCCCUCCCUGUUAAUAAACAGCUCUAACACGGCCAGGCUGGGCUCUGGGAUUCUGA